UGACCAAUCCAGUUGUCUGAACGGAUGACAAAUCCAUCGGAACGAAGCUGGCGUCGACUCGCCGCUAACGGUGGAAUGUUGACGGAUUCCCGCCAUAAACAACAACAAAAAACGUUUGCUUUAUUAUUCCGGCGCAUUUGGUGGUUCAUGUGAACGGAACCGCGCGGUCCAGACCCGUCUAACGGUCUACCGAUUAGCGGCUCGGUUCCGUUGGGUUCUCUGGUCCGUGCGGACGUUCCGCUGGGUGAUGUAAUAUGCUAGGACCAUGUUUAAAAAUGUGUUCGGUUCGGGGUUCGUGGUGAGGACGGCUCACGUCAUCCUGACCUGGGUCGUCACGUUGAUUCUGUUCCUUCAUGACACAGAGCUCAGAAAGCAGGAGGAGACGGGCCAGCUGGUUCAGCCGGUUCUGUUCGUGCUUCUGGUUCUGGUGUCGGUGCUGCUUUACUUCGCGGUUUCCCUCAUGGACCCGGGCUUCGUCCUGUCUGAUGAGCGCGACCUACAGUUCACUCUGGGAGUGACGGAGGAGCAGCAGGACAUGAUCCCACCCAGCUGCACCAAGUCCCAGCGCCAGCGCCGCUGCGUCCACUGCCUGCUCCAGCAGCCAAUGAGAUCGAAGCACUGUCAGAUGUGUCAGCACUGCGUCCGGCGCUAUGACCAUCACUGCCCCUGGAUUGAGAACUGUGUGGGCGAGCGAAACCACCGCUGGUUUGUUCUGUACCUGGCGGUCCAGCUGCUGGUUCUGCUUUGGGGGCUGCACGUGUCCUGGACUGGUUUCAGCUUUGCCCCCGGCUGGUCUCCAUGGCUCCGGUCCAACGGAGUGCUGCUGACGGUCUUGGUUCUGCUGGUUCUACUGGCGCUCAUUGUGCUGCUGCUGCUCGGGUCACACCUGUACCUGAUCUCCAUGAACACCACCACCUGGGAGUUCAUGUCUCGCCAUCGCAUCUCCUACCUCAAACACUGCGGCGCAGACGAGAAUCCGUUUGACCGUGGAGCCUUCCAGAACCUCUGGGGCUUCUUCUGCAUGUGGGGCACUGUGGUCUGGGAGCAGGUCUACUUCAGGGAGGACAGCGACCAGGUUUAGGAAGCAGACCUCCUGAUUCAGGUCAUCGGAGCCUAAUUCGUUACAGGUUCUGGUUCUGGAGUGGACUGGUACCAGCUCAGUGUGACUGCUAAGCAGCACCUCAGCGGUUCUUCUAAAACCAGCAUCAGUUCAUCACCUCUAACAGAAAACCAGUUGUGUCUGCAGGUCCUUCAGAGCAGAGUAUUCCGGAUCAGGACCCGUCUUCCUACUUGUCUGCUGUUGGUUCUGUCAGAAACACUGAAUCCAGAUCAGGUUAGGAUGUGGAUCUGACAUCCUUCAGGACCGAUGAGCUAAAGACCAAAGUGUGACUCCAUUUUCCUGAAUUGGCUCCGGAACCUUCCAGCGGGUUCUGUGACCUAGUCUCUGCGCCGCAGUCAGUUCCACGUCCGGUAGAUGUGUCAGUUCACAGAAUUCCAUGAGCAAACGUCCGACGUGAAGGUCCAGGAGUGCAAAUCGGACCUGGUUUCAGAUGACAGGAACGCACUUUCAUCUCCUCCUAGCCUAGCCUAGCCUAGCCGUUAGCUCAUCAGUCCAGAGGAUGUCCAGGCUGCUAAUGGGUGAGAUGGGGCCUGCUGUUGAGUUUCACACAGAAGCACCUUUCAGGAUGAAGUAAAUGGCAGGUUCUGAUAGCUAGAACCAGACCGAACUGGACCUGUUACCUCUGGUGAUCCGAGGGUGUCCAGAUGUGCAAAUACCCGACACAUCUGGAUCCGUGGUCCGGCCCGUCAGCCUGCUGCUCUGUUUACCUCAUCUCUGCACUUCCUGCCUGGUGAAGUCGACUCGCAGUUGUUUCUUGUUCCAGCUGCAGACGGACCAGUUUAAGCCCGUUAGGCCACUGCGAUGUGGGCGGUUCUGCUGCAGCAGGAACCGUUAGAGCAAUAAAAAUGUUGAUUAAUCGUGGCGCCGUAACGAGAACAAACACGACCACAUGUUCUGAUUUAUGCAGCUCUGUCACCUUUUUUACCUCCAACAACAAACAAAUAAAUGAUGUUUGAGUGUU